GUCUUACACUAUGGGCUUACUAAAAAAAUUACCAAGUUUUAGUAAAAAGAGUAGAGUCAAGACUUCCGAUCGACCUCCAUUACCUACUACUACUACUACUACUACUACAGUUGAACCUUUGUCUUUGAAGCUGGACUUUGAUGUCAAAUCUCAACCUGAAGAAUGGAAUGCUCAGAACGCUAUUACCACCAUUACAAACUCAAACGAUAAUAUGACAACAACUACUAAACCAGAAGCUAGUUUAUUGGACGAUAUCUUCUCUGAACUCAAGCAAUCUUCUCAACCUCAAGAUUCACUACAUGCUGACAUCUCUUUGGCUUUUGCACUAUCAGAACAACUCCAAAUGGAUUCAACACAAACACAACCUUUUCAACAGAAAAAGGAACCAAAUGUCAAUUCCACUCCAGUGACAUCGACUGCUUUAUUUGGCAAAGAUAGUAUCUACAGUAGUUAUCUUACAGGUCAUCAAUCCAACGAACCUUCUAUGUUUGCUUCUCUUAUGCAACCAUUACCUACAUCUCAGCACACGUCUUCUUCUGGACCACCUACUAAUAACAACACGGCAACAACAAAGAAGGAACAAGUGACAACACAAAUCGUAUUAGACUCAGAUGUAUCAGGUUCUGAAGAAAAUGACGAUGAUGAAUCAAGUGAUGAUGAACAUGAUGAAAAACUUCGAAAGACUCCUGGAGCAUGUCCUAUCAUGGAACGACGAGGACAUCAUCAUCGAUUGAAUGUAUCACGCAAAGUAGAUCAAUGGGCUCAUCAAAUUGAAGACAAUGUAGCGGAAUCAAAUCAAUCAAUGCUCAAUAGGAUGAAAGAUCGUCAUCGUCAACAAUAUAAACUAGCAGCUAUGCGACAACAACAACAACAACAACAACAACAACAACAACAACAACAACAACCUUUUGCUCCUAUGAUGUAUACACCUACUACUUCUGGAAACAUGAUGAUGACUCCUUCUGUUUCCUCUAUUGUACCAACAGCGUCUGGAAUGAAUCCCAUGCUUUGUGCCACUGUACCACCCAUCUCAAUGUCACCGUCUUUGCACUCCGCCAUGACCGUACCACAACAUGGCACCAAUUUUGCCACUCCAUUGGAUCCUACUUCGACACCAACCCUAACCAAAUAUCAUCAGCAACAACAAUGCAUUACUCCUCCUGCAACUGUAGAUCAGCUUUCGCCCCGUUCAUCUAACUCUUCACCCCGACCAUCAACACCUGCAUCUCCUACCCUCUCAGCUGAAAACACGCCUCGUACUUCCACCAGUACAGUUUCCACCAUUAAAUCAUCCAAAGGUCAAGUGGAUGUUGAAAGCAAUGAAGAGAAUCAACAAGACAAUAGCACCAUAGAAAAUAAAGAAUCAACAUUUAGUACCACGAACGAUGACGAUGCUGAUGAUGAAGCAGAUGAUGAUGAUAAUGACGACGAUGGUAUAUCAAUUAGUAACAAACGACGAUCUCACAAUAAAAAGUCUGCAUCCUCCAUUCGACAUUCACGCUCAGUCCCUGAUUUGAAAAAGAAGAAAAACAAACGCAAAUCCAACCGAUCACCACAACAUUCUGCCAAUCCUUCACCAUCCACAUCAUCCAAAACAACAACCACUUCAAAUUCAAUAGUGACGCCCAUGUCAUCCACAUCUACGCCAUCACAUCCACCAUUACCGCAAACAAGAUCAGUACCUCAAGGACUCAAGUCAAUGAAAAGUGAACCUGAUUUAAAACGACACUCCAACCAUCCCAUGGUGCCACCCUUUAUGCUUCAACAGCUCUACCAGCAACAACAACAACAAUUAUUGAACCAGCAACAACAGCAAUUACAAUUAGAAUUUGAAAGAAUGCAAUUAUAUCAACGGGAACAACAACUGAAACAAGAGUAUAUACAGUUACAUCAACGAUCAUCACAAAUCCAACGCAGUUCCACUUUACCAACUAUGGGUGCUCGACCUCCUCCUUUUGAUCCUCGUUUUUAUCCCUCUUAUUACCCUACAAUGCAAUGAUGUCCCCUCACUCACUUUUGUUAGUACUCCUCAGUCCUUUCUUUUUUUUUUAUAGUCUUGUCAUUAUGGUUAUAUAUCUUACGCCGUUUUAAUAAACGACCCUUUGAAUAAGCUCUCCCUUUUUUUUU